AUGCUCGACCGAGCGGAUAACUGCAUCUUUGGUGAACGUUUUCGCAUGCGCAUGUAUGUUCGUCAUCGGCUCAGGCAUGUGAUGGUGGUGUCCGUGCACGCGCUUGGCUCAAGCUUAGAAGUCCUUUUCAAGAGUCUUCUUGCACCUCAUCAGAACAUCACGGCAGCACUCAAGAGACACCGAGUCAUUAAAACCGCCGAGUCUGCACUUCGACUACUAAUGGCGCCGCAAAGCAAGCGAGUGGGUUUCCUCGACCUGAGUGCUGAGCUCAGAAACCGAGUCUAUGAGCCAGCACUUAUCGCCGAGCAGUGUCUCAAGCUCAGACACAACAGCAACCCGAACGUAUAUGGCACAGCCACCCACGGCUUCACAUGUCAGUUGGGGCGCUGCUACUCGGCACAUUGGAUUGAACCCAGCCUGACUCCAAACAUCCUCCUCACUUGCCGCCAAGUACAAGCCGAAGCAACCCCCAUGCUCUACGGUAGCAACACUUUCGACCUCACAAGACUGUCUCCAUGUCACAGUGUCGAAUUCCUCACCCAGAUCAGCACGUCGAUUCAGCAUCUCCGUGGCGUCUACCUCAGAGUUCUGCUCAGCAUGAAGGAACCGGAUAAGCAGUCAGACGUUCAGAAGAUGCUUCGUCUUCUCGAGGGAGCACCGCACAUAGUAGAGCUGAAGUUCUCUCCUGAGGGCAUUAUCUUUCCGUCUCCGAAGCAGUUGGCCGAUCUCAUCACACCUCUGUUCAAGGUACUGCAGGCGACGAGACAAAAGGUCGGAGGGGAAUGUCAGGAGCCUGUGAUGGAGGUCCUGGGCUUUCUGGACGCCUGGGUUCCGGCCGGCUAUCGCGGCCAUGGCCUUAGGAGAGGCGUUGGGGAGAUUAUACUUUCAAAGUAG